AUGGCGGAUCGAGGGCCGGUGGCGCGCGCGGCGCCGCGACCGCCGUGCGGGCCGGGAUACGCGACGCUGCGCGACGCGGGAACGUAUCGAGGAUUGGCCACGGUCGAUCGCGAGGGACGCGGUCUGCGAGGGUUGUUGCCACCGAACGUCGUCGAGGACGACGUGGAGGUGCGCCGGGCGAGGGAAGCGCUCGGGCAGUGCGACGGCGCGUUCGAGUCGUACAAGCAGUUGGUGGCGCUGCAGACGACGGACGAGCGGACUUUUUAUAAAUUGUUGCGAUCGGACACCGAGCGGUUGCUGCCGCUGUUGUACACGCCCACGGUCGGCGAGGCGUGUCUGAGAUUCGGGACGCUGAUACAACGACCGAUGGGGGUGUGGGUAAGCUCGGACGACGCGGGGAACGUGCGGGAAUUGAUGCGCAAUUGGCCGCGCGACGACGUGAAAAUCGCCGUGAUCACGGAUGGGGAGAGAAUUUUAGGGCUCGGAGAUCAAGGAGCGAACGGGAUGGGAAUUAGCGCGGGAAAGAGCAUGGUGUACGCCGCAUGUGGAGUGCCGCCGAGUGCGCUGUUGCCGAUUCAGAUUGACACCGGUACAAACAACAAGACGUUGCUCGACGAUCCGUUGUACAUCGGGCUCAAACGCGAGCGCGACCGCUCCCAGGCCUACGACGCGCUCUUGGAUGAAGUCGUCGUUUCGAUUCGCGAGCGAUUCGGUCCGAACACGAUCAUACACUGGGAAGACUUCGCGCCGAGGAACGCGUUCAGGGUAUUGAAAAAGUAUUACUCCGCGCCCGAUGUCGUGACGUACAAUGACGACAUCCAAGGCACCGCAGCGGUUACGGUGAGCGGGAUAUUGGCGUCGGUGCGAGCGCUAGAGAGAGGUGGUGACGUCACUCAGCAGCGCGUAUUGUUCUUUGGCGCUGGACAGGCGAAUAUCGGCGCCGCUGAACUCUUCGUCCUCGCGUUGACGAAGCGCGGCGUCGCGGAAGCCGACGCUAGGAAACGGGUGUGGCUGUUUGAUUCAAAAGGCCUCGUCGUGCGCUCGCGCGCGUCGCAGCUGAGUGAUGACAAAUUGCCUUUUGCACAAGACGCGAGGGAGGAAACUGACCUCGCAUCAGCGAUCGAAAGCAUCAAGCCGACGGUGUUGGUCGGCGCCGCCGCGGUGCCCGGGGCGUUUACUCAAAAAGUCGUCAAGUCGAUGAGCAAACUCAACGACCAACCGAUCAUUUUCGCGCUCUCCAACCCGACGUCCAAGGCUGAGUGCACCGCCGAGCAGGCGUACGCGUGGAGCAACGGCCGAGCGAUAUUCGCGAGCGGCACCCGAUUUCCGCCGGUGCGAUUCUCGGCUGAAAAGACGUUCGCCCCCGGAUUCGCCAACAACGCCUUCAUCUUCCCACCCAUCGCCCUCGCCACCAUCGUCAGCGGCGCGAAACAAGUCACUCCAGACAUGUUUCUCACCGCCGCCGAAGCCUUGGCCGAAUCCGUCGACGCCAACCUCUUCGCCGUCGGCGCCGUCUACCCGCCCGUCGAUCGCAUCGCCUCCUCCGCCGUCGCCGUCGCCGCGCGCACGCGCCAAGACCAAGACCACGACGAUCGCGCCGUCCGCGCUCGAUCUCGUGCGCUCGAUCGAUUUAGCAUAGCAUAG